GUUAUAUUUUCUAUUUUAUAGAUAUCCGUUUUAGAACAAAUUUAUUUUACCGCGUUUGCAUUAAACAUAAAAAUGAUGUCUUGCAACAGAGUGUUUCGUACUCUGAACAUUUGUAAAUACCAUCUAAGAAAAAAUACCCGUCUUGCCAGCACCUUUCAGCAAAACUACUACUCAAAAAACACAACUCAGUUAUAUCAGAAUAAAAACGAAGUCACAAAACUCCCAAACUUUUUACUAAAUUUAAAAAGAAAUCUAACCACUGGCAUUGAUACUGGCAGCAAGGAGCACAUCCAGUCACUAGUGAAAAACAAUAAAGUGGUUGUAUUCAUGAAGGGCAUCCCGGACAAACCAAUGUGUGGGUUUAGCAACGCAGUAGUGCAGAUACUACGCAUGCAUGGCGUAGAAUACAACUCUCACAACGUUCUAGAUGAUGAUUCACUUAGAGCAGGAAUCAAGGAGUUUUCCGAGUGGCCGACGAUCCCGCAGAUCUACUUCAACGGGGAGUUUGUUGGAGGUUGUGACAUCUUCCUACAGAUGCACCAGAGCGGGGACAUCAUUGAAGAGCUGAAGAGUAUUGGGAUAAGAUCUGCUCUUCUUGAUGAAGAACCAAAAUAAUUCUCAUUCAUUUCUCUACCUGUGUAUAUUUUUGUGUAUAGUUCAAUUAUUUCAUGGAUGAAACCGAAGUGGUUUAAAUAUUUGAAUUUGCGUGUUCACAAACUAUUACAACCACACCCAAACAUUGGGGAAUAGUAUUCUCUCCUGUUAUGUGCCUGAAUGUUCAAUUACAUUUUUGUUUUUAAUGCUUUUAAAAAGUACAGGAUGCAUAAAUUAUUGUCAGUACAAGUAAAACAAUUGUUUACCUUCAUAUUUUGGCGGAUAUAAUAAACAUGAACGUAAGAUAAAGUUCAUUAAAUGUUAUA